AUGGAUGUUGGUGGAUUGGGCGCCAAGUGGGAAGCACAGCAGGGGAUAAGGGAGCGCAUCCGAAAGGAGCGUAAGCUGUGCCUCCAUCCCCUGAGUCAGCGAUACUGUGAGCCCACCAGGCCCAACUCAGUCACCAAUGCGAUGGUGUUGCGGCCUGCCUUGGAGAUUCUGAAGGAUACCCCGGGCUGGAAACUGCCGCACAUAGAACCCUUGCAAGCUGAGAUCUAUCAGCUCUUCCAGCGUGUUGGCACCCCCGUCGAGGAUCAGUACGUCUACACGUCGUCCAUGGAAAUCAAGAAGUUGCUUGGAUUCAUCAAAAGGCGGUGCACCAGGCGUGAGGUUCUGACUCGUCGCCAACAACUUGACGCCAAAAAGAACAAGAAGGAUGCCCAGGAGGAUGAGCCGAAGGAGGAUGAGCAGAAGGAUGAAGCAGAGCAGCCAGGAAGCGAUGAUGAACCACAGGAGGUGAUGAAAAAACCAGCGUCAAGGAAGGCAGGCAAGGAGAAAACUCAGCCCAAGGCCAAGGCCAAGGGCAAAGCUAAGUGUAAGGCGAAAGCAUCCCCGAAGCGCAAAGCUUCCCCAAAGAAAGCACCCAAAAGUCGUGGUAGGAAGUCGAAGGAAGGCAAAGGUGCUGAGGACCAGGAAGAUGAGAAGGAUGAGGAGGAAGAGUCAACACCUGAACGCAAAGACCUUUCAAAGGAGUUUAAGCAUGCUGCUCAGGGCAAGACUGACCCCCCCGAGCCUGAGCACAAACCCAAGAGGAAAGCCCGCAAGAGCAAAAACAAGAACAAGAACAAGGAGGCUGAGAAAGGUCAGGGAUCUGCUGAAGGUGAUGCUGAGCCCCCCAAAACCCGCCGCCCCCGCAAGAGCAAGAAAGAGGAUCAGGGGAAUCAAGGGGAUGAUGCUGAGGAGCCACAGCCCAAGAAAAAAACAAGGAAAAGCCGUCGAGCCCCCCCUCCCGAGUUGAUGAACCAGGUUGAUGUGAUGUAUGACAAGAUGAUGGUAGGAGUCAUUACCCAAACGUUGAAAGAAGUGAAGAGCAUGACAGUUGAUGAACUGAAGGAUUACCUGUGCAAUAAGAAGCUUGACCUCCCCAAUGACAAGUGUGAGUUGAAUGUGUAUUGGACCCAGACAGCUGCUGCUGUCCGCUUCAAGCUCAUCCCAUCAAAACCCGAUUCUUCCAGAUUCUCUUACAAGAUCGGCACGUGGAACACCCGUAUGGCUGCUGCUUUCAUCUCCUCCUAUCUCAUGGCUUCGUGGAUGGAGACCCAAACGGAUGACAUCCUGCUUGAAUACGAGGAGCCCUUUGGGCCUGUCAUGUACGAGAUGGCCAGGAUCAAGGUCAAUGCCAACGCUGCUUUGGAAGCGUUCACGGGGCCAGAGCAAAUGGAAGAUGCCUCGGCCACGGCGAGCUCACAAGUGGGCUGUGAAGCAAUGGUGCUCCUGACUCUGCUUGUGAUUUGGACGGAGCCAGGCACAUUAGUGCAACGAGUGGGCUGGUGGAUGGCUAUGUAUGGUGGUCCCACACCUAAGCGGCAUGUUGCCUACAGCAAUAGCCCUGCGAUAUCAAGGAUCAACCUGGGGCGACUGGAGGGUUGGGAUCAGAAAAUGAAAGCCCAAGAAGCGGCUGGAGCCCCACGGGUGCAAACUUGUAUCCAGUACUUUGAUAAAAAGAACCAACGCCGCUACAAAGGGGCACCAGCUCUUAAGGCCAGUGAGUCCGGGCCCCACUUGCUGACAAGCAUUGAUGCAACACACAAGUGUUUUCAGAUCUUUUAA